AUGGAAUUGCUAUUGUGUCCUGUCAUGACACUAGAUAGUGACGGGAUGACAUUUUCGAGAGACUUUAAUAAAAUCUUGUUGUAUGGUAUAUGUCGCUGGGAAAAGUACUUUCCCCAACGGCCAAGGUUUCAAUGCUGCUUUGCGUUGCGGUAUCUUGCUUACGCGGCAGUUCUUUGUGUUGAACAAAAUGCAUUGCAGGCUCUGGAAUUACUAAUUCAGCCGCAAUUUACACCAGUAUCUCCUUUACUUGUGAAUACGGAUGUGCUGCGCUGUUUCUGCUAUGCGCUAGAGCUGGGAAGUGAAAUUCAUGCACCAGCACCAGAAACAUACCGACCUGUGCUUAUGCUUCUUUUGUAUCGCUUUUCGGAGUUGCUGCUCGCACAUGUCGAUGGCACACAUGAUUUGGAUAAGUCUAUUGAUGGAACUUUGAGAGGGCACAUGGAGGCACUGCGAUCCAGCUUAUUGUACGAAUACGUCACGAAUCCACGAAUGCACAAACAAGAGUAA